AUGCUUUCCAACAAGCGCCUUGCGGAUCUUGGGUACAAGACAUUUUCUGGCACUAUGAUUCUGCUGACGCUGUACGGAGGAUAUCUGUGCAGUCUCCGGGUGUAUCGACACUUUCAGCGCAGGUUGCAGCUGCAGGAAGCAGCAGAGAACCAGACAGAGGCCGUCAUUAAAGACUGA